AGGCGCUGUCUCUUUAAAUGAGUGAACAGUGGGAUCACAGUAGCGGAACAGAGAUCUGCACAAGAGAACGGCCAACUGAUCGCCUCAGGACACAUACAAAGACACAUUACGAGACAACACUAUGGGCAUCAAACUGUAUUACACCACCGUCACCGCAUCAAGAGAGGUGAAGUCUCAGCAGGCGGAGGUGAUGCGGAUUCUGGACAGUAAGACCAUCAAGUAUGAGUUGAUUGACAUCUCGGUGGGUGGGGCAGUCCGGGAUGAGAUGAGGAGUAAAUCUGGCAACCCCUCAGCAAUCCCACCUCAGAUAUUCAAUGAAGAUCAGUACUGUGGGAACUAUGAAAUGUUUUCGGAGGCAGUGGAGGCAGACACGGUGGAUCAGUUUCUGAAGAUUGCAUGAAAGCCAAACCUGGUAGCAUCCAACCACCUCUUCCCUUACCGGUCCAUUUCCACAUUCCCAAAGGGAGGCUGGCCCGUACCUGUCUCUGCUCCGCUGGCAGUGCCUGCCUUCCCAUGUCUCAAUGCCAUGCCACAUGCCAAAAAUAGUCAACAGAAAUGCACACACCCACUCUAUACCACCCAAUUUCAUACGUGGUCAAUCAGAUUUUCUUUUGUGCUUUUGUUUUAUUUCUCUCAUGCUUUAUCUCGUGUCCUCUCUGGUUCUUGCGCUUCUGACACAUAAAUGCCACUAAUUUGUCUUAAUCUUGUUUGGAUCAGAGUGAUUGGAUGGUUAGUAAUUAGGUCAACUAAAUCUGGGCCACAACCUCUUGUUUAUUCCAGAUUGAACUAAUCCACAGUUCAAGAAUCAUUUUGUGUCCUGGACCAAAGAGUUAAAAUUUAAUCAGUGUGCAACAUGGACUUUUUAUUUCCAUCUAGUACUGAUAAAUCAUUUGGAGUGGUUCAUUGUAAGUGGGCUGAGAUUUAUUGUAUGUUGGUACUAAAAACACUGGCCUUUAAUUUCCAACAUGUGAACCAGCUGUAUUGGAUUUAAUAUCUCACACUGCAUUGUAUCGUUUCGUUUAGCAGUGUUCAAGCCACAGGUAUGCUGUUUUAGAGAGUUUCCGCUUAACAUUCCCAAAUUCAUUGAUUGAAAAGUGUUCCGUUGCGUUAAACUGUGCCAAUAUGUUUCUGUACAAAUGUGUUUUCCACUUUCCACAUGGGCAUAUUUCUCUUUUCUCUGAUGACAGAACUUGAGCUGCGGUUAGAGACACUUUUUUUUUUUUUUUUUUUUUUAAAGUCUACAGCAUCUAAAAUUCUGUGUUUUUGAUGGUUGAAUGUAGUGCUCAGGUCACAUAUCACCCUGAAAUCAAAACAUAACAUAAGACAUCAUAUUUUGCAUAAAGAAAAUUAAUCCAAAUUUAAAACCAUUAAGAUUUUUUUUUGUAUUUUGUGUAUUGUUUUCAUAACAAUUCAGCACAUUUUCCACUAAAAAUUUAAUUACUGUAAUGCAUCUGGACAGUUUGAGUGAUUUUCAUUCAUUUCAAUGGUGAUUCAUUAUGGUAAUAAAGUUUUUUGCAUUACGGUAAAAAUAAUUUGUGGGAAAAUGCCAAAAAUCAUACUCGUCCGAAAACGUUCAUGCUAAAUAUUAUGUCUUAUUUCCUUCUUUUGAUUUUGGGGUGAAAUAUGACCCAGACAAGAUCUUGACAGAUUUCAUGAGAUUCACCCCUAAGUCUUAUAGCAGAAUAUGGAGGAAUAUGUGAGGAACAUACUCCACUCCUGCUAUACCACAGAAAUUCAUCUCACGUUAUUCUGGUAAUGCACUAAAUGUUGGGGUUUCCAUAAUCAACAAGAUAAACAUUGCUUGAGCUUUUGAUUAGCUCAGUAUUUCUGCCGCAACUGCAGUGUUCAUCAUCUCGCAGUAGCGAAAUCACUCCAUGUAGCAUAAUUCACAAAUACACGUUAUUCCAUCAAGUGUUUAAUGUCAUUAAAUGGAGUUCAUUUGAGGUUGUAGCAUUGACAUUUUCAGCAGCUUAUCCUCAGAUGUAUUAUGUUGGUCAUAGUGGUACUUGAUUUAUAUAGUUGGCACAGUCUUACAAUCUUGUGAGUCAUGGUCUGACGUUUUGACUUAAUCUUGCAUCCCUAAUGUUUGCUGCUCCCAGUGAGUCUUAAAUCUUCUAUCUCAAGUGUCAGUUUUACUGUGAACGUAAUAAUGGGUUGGACUGACAGCUGGUUCAUGAAAUGAUUGUGAUCUUCCUCUGUCAUUAUUGUUUGUAAUGAUUUCUUGUUGUCUCUUUAUGCUGUACUGCUUUGCUUUUGCUUUUGCUUUUGGACCAACACCAUUUUUUGGCCAUAUUAAAAGAAUGAUAAUUAGGGAAAUGAAUGCUGUUGUCUUCCAAGAAGAUUGUGAAAUUGCAAUGUGUGGGUCCAAUAAAAGUGCAAAAGAAAAUAUGUCCCCCACCCAAUAAAAUUGCAUAUUGUUGUUAUAGAA